AUGGCGGAGGGCGGGCACGGCGCAGAGCAUGAAGAGGAACAGCCUCAAUUUACAGAUGAUCCUCAGUCAAAAGAAGAUCCUGAAUCAAAAGAAGAAUCAGUGCCUUUGGAAGCAGAAAUUUCUAUGGAAAAACUUUUUUCUGCCCCUGCACCCCAAUAUCUGCCACCUGUACUUGGGGAAACUCCCCCUGGAGAACCCCCUGAUCCAAAAAAAUGUUCUCCUCGAGAAUUCUUGGAGUUUUACAUCUUCCCAGUGCUCCUGCCAGGACUGGCUGCACUUCUGCAUGAAGUAGAGAAGGAGAAGUGUUUAGAGGAAAAAAGAACCAAAUUUAUUCCCACUGAUUUCCUAACUGAAUGGUUAUACAACAAUAAUCCAAAGAGGAAAGAUGAGUCAUUCACAGAAUUGUUUUCCAUUCCUUUUGUUAAGGACUGGCUAAAGGACCAUCCUAGACCACCAGUUCCUCUGUCUCUGCUUCUAUCAGAAGAAGAAGCAAGCAUACUAAUCCAGUCCUUCUGGAGAGGUUAUCGGGUUCGUUGUGAUAGCGAAAUACAAGAGCUCCGUCAGUGGCAAAAGAAGCUGAGAGAGGAGAGGUACAUUCAUGAGGUGGUGAGAAAAUUCUGGGCUAAACAAGAAGCCAAAGUGGGAAGCAAAUCAGAAGAGCUGGACUAACGUACACAAAAUCCUUCAUCAUCUC